AUGUACGAGGAAUCAGCCCCGCAGAUUUACGCAGCCGACACUUGGUGCGGCGGGCCUAUCGGUCUCUCCACAUCGAAGACCGAGCGACAGACCAUCGCUCGGGCAGUCGAAGACUUCGCAGAGCUCCCGCGCGCGAGCCUGGAUUGCGAUUGCAGAGCACUCGAGUCCCGCAGUCGCCGAGUUGUCGGAGGCACGGUCUUGCCGAGAAAUCAGAGAUUCCCGUGGAUGUCUGCGCUGCUAGAUUCCGAUCGCAAACUUGUCGGAGGGGCGACAGUUCUCAACGAUAGGUAUCUGUUGACCGCUGCUCACGUUUGCUCUGGCAGCAACCCGCAAGACCUGACUGCGUUCUUCGGCUCCAAUUCUAUCAAGGAAUCAGAUGUGAAUAGUCACCUCAGGAAGCUGAGAGUGGCACGGUGUAUCAUGCACCCUGAUUUUUCUCCAAGCUCGGGAAUCAACGACAUCGCCUUGCUUGAGUUGAAAGAGCGCCUCAAUCUCUCCGAACACGUGUCACCCGUCUGUCUUUCGAACUCUUCGGGAACGAACCUAGUGUUCGUUAGCGGUUGGGGAAGGACGAGUGAGCGCAAUGGCGGCACAAGCGACGACUUACGAAUCGCCAAAUUGGUCAAAGCCAGUUUGAUACACUGUCAAUCCAAAUUCGGUCCUGAAAUCGUUCGAGCGCCAUCGGUGCUGUGCGCAAUCGGGAAUCAGAAAGAUGCCUGUCAGGGAGACUCGGGAGGUCCUCUGAUGGAGAAUGACGCAAGCAAUAGAGUUUGGUCCCAAAUUGGAGUUGUCAGCUGGGGCUUCGGGUGCGGGAGGCCCGCAACGCCAGGAAUCUACAGUCGAAUCUCGCACUAUGUCUCAUGGAUCCGCGAAAUCGCCUCAGAAGUCUGCACGAUUGGAGACGAAGACCGAAAUCUGAAUUCGGUGCGCUGA